AUGUGGUCGCAGCGCGAGCAGUUGGUGGAGGCGACGCGCGCCUGGAUGGAGCUGUCGCCCGCCGCCACCACGCCCGACCCCGCCACCGUCGAGGUGGGACAACCCACUAGGCUACUCAUACAGUGCACCUUACCAGUUGGGGUCGGCCUUCGUGUAACUAAUUGCGUUGCACACGACGGCCUCGGCGAAGCAUCACAAAAGCUUCUAGACGAAGCCGGCUGCCCCAUAGACGACACCAUAUUCAGCAAGCCAAAUAUUCACAAACACAAGCACAAAAGCACCGAGAUUGACUUCUCAGAUUUGGAACCAGCUGAUACUCUGCGAAACAUCGAAGAGAGCAGUAAUAUCAAACUAUUGAAGACAGAUCCUGAUUAUAUGUUAAAGAAUAUAAUGACGUAUCAACAUGCUAUUACAACAUUUGCUGCAUUCAAGUUUCCCGAUAGAUCGAAGCUGCAUUUAACUUGUGGUAUAGAACUUUGUAAAGGCCACUGUCCACCGAUAGACUGUAAAAUGCUGCAGAAGCCGCAGCAAACAAAAGAUGGUUUAGUAAGAAAAGCCCGAUUAGACAAAGACGCGAAAGGUGUAGUUAUAGACAGACUAGAGGUUUAUAACAGCAUAGAAGUACUAGCACCAAACAUAGAGUUGGAAGACGAAGCUUCUAUUAGAGGUUCACGACGACUGGAGGCCGAAGAUCAGUUCGUCAGAGGUUUCUCUCCAGGAGAAAAGACUAUCUGUUUAUCUCCAGGAAAAAUGGCUUUAGCCUUCUGCAUCUUAGGUGUCAUAUUCCUGUGCGCUAUCGCCGUAGCGUUUAUUUCUUUAAUAAGAGCAAGACGACGGUUAGGUAGAGAACCACUUCAUACAUCAUUAUCGUUCUAUACUGGAAGCAAAAGUAUGUUCUCAUCUAGUGAAAGUUCUACUUCAGGCCUUAGCGGUAGCAAACUUCUGCUUACUGACAGUCCUUAUUUAGAUCACCAUUCGUCUUCCAGCAACAAUUGGCCCUACUCUCGAGCCUUUUAG